AUCAGUUCUAUGUGUGCCCGUCGAGGAACUUCGGCCAAUCUGGAUUUUGUAUUAUUAUUGUUAGAACAUUUUUGGUGGAGUUUGCGCAAUCGUGCGUAUUUGGAUGCUGCGCCAGGACGCACAUUAACACCCCCAGGGGGCACCAGCGGGCCACACAGGAGGCUUAACCCGAGUGGAGUGUCACCAACCUGGAAUAAAAUCCCUCGCCGUGUCCGUGAUGAGCAGAUGAGAGCGUUUGGUUCCGAGCCGCGCCAUGUCCCAAGAGGACCAUGAAGUUAUGGCAUAGCCUCAUGACCACUUCUUUCAUUCUGCUGGGAGUCGUGCACGCCGGCCGCGCGGCCCUGCUCCGGAGCCCACAGCGGCUGUCUUCUGGGGCAGGGGCGCCCAGGAAGGAGAGGCCCCUGGAGAGUCCACCUCUGCGGAUCAGCGUGUCCGUCAACUCGCAGGAGGACUGGGGAGACAAAUACACCAUGGAGGAGCCUGUCUCGGCCGAGUUUGAGGAUGUGGUCGACUUGAUCAAAGUACGCAUCAGCAGAAUACGCCGCUCCUCCUUCCCGCCCACGGAGCCUUCUCAGACCUUACCUCCUCCAAGGACCUCCAAAACUAACAAGAGAGGUCGACGUAUCAGACGCAAGAGGAAGAACAACUCAAGCCGGCCGAGAGAUGCCAAAAAGAAAGGCGGGGCUAGAGGAAAGAAGACAGGAAGUGGGCGGGGCCAGGGCUGCAGGCUGAAACAGAUCCAACUCAACGUGACCGACCUGGGUUUGGGUUACCGCUCUGAGGAGGAGAUGAUAUUCAAGUACUGUGCGGGGCCCUGCAGGAAGUCAGAAACCAACUAUGACAAGAUCCUGCACAACUUGGCUCACCGCAGGAAGUUCCCCGCCAAAGACACACCCCAGCAGGCCUGCUGUCGGCCAAUCGCCUUCGACGACGACCUCUCUUUUCUGGACGAUAACCUGGUGUACCACACUGUGAGGAAACACUCCGCCAGGAAGUGUGCUUGUGUCUAAGGACUUCUAAACGUUAAUCAUGUCAUGUGCAUACUUGCCAACCCUCCCCAAUUUUUCGGGAGACUCCCGAAUUUCAGUGGCUCUCCCGAAAAUCUCCGGGGACAACCAUUCUCACGAAUUUCUCCCCAUUUCCAGCCGGACCUGAGUGAAGACAGCCUGUUGUCACGUCCACUUUUCCUCCAUAUAAACAGCGUGCCGGCCCAGUCACGUUACAACAUCUACGGCUUUUGAGCUCAGUGCGCAACUGCACACACAACAAAAAGGAGACUAUUAUAUACGUCUCCGUUAUCCAUAGGGUUAUCUAUAUCCCAUAAAGUAGGCAGGCACGGAGCUAUUUCUCAGCAUGUUUAUUCCAGCCGGCAGAUUAGUACACUGACACACAUCAUUCGGAUUCCCAUCAUGCGUUGCUUCAAAACUACGGCAAGUAGAAAGAUAGUGAGAAUAGAACGAGGAUGGACAAUUCAACCCUAAACUCACUUCUUUCCUGCAAAUUAAAUUGCACAGAUGCUGCCCAUACCUAUGCUCCUUCAGGGGCUGUGCUACUGGCUGCAAAGCAUUGCACUUUUAAAUACAACGAUGAGUAAAGGAGUGUUAUGUGUCAAUAAAUGAACACUGAAA